AUGGGUACUCCAGCCUCGGAGUUUGUGAGGUCCGACGCCCAUCUGCAGCCACUAAGCACAGCAACGGUCCAGAACACAUCUUCUUCCUCUUUGGUCAAUUCUCCACCCACCUUCGUUUUCCCGAAGGAUUCAUUGAUAAGGAAUACUUCUUCUCGCGACCCCACUCCAGAACAAGAAAAAGCUCUCGCGACAUUGAAAGACCAUCACAACAGCGAUAUCAUUGCGUGGCAUAGGCUUUCUCAAUCAACUGAGCCAGGCUUGAGACACCGGGACGGCCCCGGCGGUCUUCCGAUCCAAGUCAUCCAUGCAAUUUCGACUCUGAGAUAUUGCUCGCGUGAAUGCCUCUUACAGUGGCUCGAGUCAUCAAACCAAGCAUCUCCACCAAGCCUUGGUCUUCCGGCCUCUAGGUUUGCAGCUGCCGCCUCGUCACGCCAGACCCGACGACCGUCGCCCAGAUCUGACCAUACGUCUAGUCACCGGUCGCUUGUCAAACCGGUCAAAGCGAUAUCUCCGCACCUAAGCAAAAUUCCACACAGUGCCUUGGCAGCUGCCCAGAAUCACCUGGAUCCAGGCCAGACAUUUUCAAGAGCUGCUACAAAUAGCACACUUGCACUGGUCAAGCCAACGGAAACAGACCACACAUACUGGUGCACUGUCUGUGACAAUCACUCCUUUCAACACAGCGACGGCUGGAAGAAACAUGAGAAGGAACACGAGACUAAGUAUGUAUGCAUGCUUAAAGGACUUUUCGAAAUCACAGAAGACGGUUGGAGGUGCGUUUUGUGUGGUGCUCUCAAUCAAGACGACAGCCAUCACCUGGUACACAACAUUGCACCAUGUGUCAUCGCAGAGGACCGUCCUUCAUUCAAGAGAAGGUAUGAGAUGGUAUGGCAUCUAAAAGAUGUUCACGGUACAACGGAUGGAAUUUGCGUUGCGGAAAAAUGGCGAUGCGAAUCCUCUAAGAACGCGUGGUCGUGUGGCUUUUGUAUUCACCUAUUCUCGUCUCUUCAGGAUCGUCUCAAACAUAUCGGCGCCAAACACUUCGAGAACGGACAAAGCAUCAAUGACUGGGAUUUCACCAUGGUGAUACAAGGCCUUCUUCUCCAGCCCGAGAUUCAAGGAGCUUGGCAACGUCUUCUGGAGUCAUUUGAUCCCUUUCGCUCCUCAGUAACCAAAUGGAAUAAGCUUGGAUGUGAGGGCUUACAGUACAGACUCGAAAUGGGUGUCGCGGGCAAAGAGACCCCACAAUCUCUGGCCAAGGCGGCAUAUGACAGUGCCGAGUACGAGUGGUGUCCCGCCCAACAUGAUGCCAUGGCUUCCGCUACCACCAUGAACACCCUACUAGUACCAUAUCAGCAUACCAGUCAGGGCUUUUCGGCUCCAUUUGAAGGUCACGCAGUCGCAUCAGGUGAAACACCAGUGCAGUACCCACCCUGGUCGUCACCACAAUACCAAGCCCCUGAGAUCUCUACAAGUGCACCUACUUUGGAGAAUCAAAGUUCCUAUGGAGCCCAUACGUCGAAUUUCAACACUGUCCCUGCGCUCGAUCACAGUCCAGCAUGGAAGCCAAUACCUUCGGAUACUGAUGAUAAGGACAGCACGCAGCCGACGACACCGUUCAACGACAACACUUUCUACCCAGCCGACCCGUCAAUCUACGGCCCUUGGAAUGGCUACAACAUCACCCCUAGUCCUGCCUUCAGCGACCAGAAAAUGUUCCAUUACAAGAGUAACGAGAUGUCUGACUGGUCUGCAAAUCCUCAACCGCAUACUGCACUUGGACCUACUGGUUCUACCCUCAAACGCCCGAGGGACUCUGCAUCCUCGCCCGCCGAGGCCGUUGCUCGCGAGAGCUCUUCGACAGAUAAGACGAGGAGGAGAGCAUAUCAGAAGAGAUCUGAUGAAGAUGGGAUGGCGUCGCGAGGCUUCAAUCUCGAACAUGUACACCGACGGAUUCACGAUGAUGAGGGCGCACCGGGUGGAAUGCGAGCGAAUAGAUCUAUGCAUGAUGAUGUCUAG